GCCUCAUCGAAGAAGAAGAAGAAGACGAGCCCGGAGUAGGAAUUCCGCGUUGGAUGACCGUUCAAAUCGAUUUUUCCAUGUCGGACACUCCAUUUUCUCCUCAGUUCCCAGUUGUUUGAACGGACUGAUGUCGAGAUGUCCAAAUUCCCCGUUUCGACUUCCUAGUGUAUUUCAUCGCAGCUGUCGGGAAUGUCAGAUGUUGUCACAGCUAGUUUUGAAUGUUGAUUCAUAAUUCCACAUAAGAUUGAAAGGUUAAAUUAUAAAAGAUGCCGAGGGUCCCAGCAGUCCUUGAAUAUGAAACACUGACCGAGUGUAAAUACAGCUUCCCUGUUGAGGUUGUCAGUGAUAUCAAGAAUGUUACAGCGACUUAUGGAGACCUGCGUAUGUAUGUGGACUUCUACUGUUUCCCCAAUAAGGAAAAGAAGAAGUUAGUUUAUUUGGCUGGUACUAUUCCAGUUCCACAUGACGCAGGUAACACAUAUAAUAUCCCAGUGUGCAUCUGGCUCCACGAGACUCACCCCCAGAGCCGGCCGCGGUGCUACGUGUGUCCCUCCAUCUCCAUGUUGAUCAACCCCAGGUGCCCAUAUGUUGAGGCCAGUGGGCAGGUGCUCCUCGACUGCCUCAACAACUGGAAGAGCGGGCUGGCCAACCUGUCAUUGCUCGUCUCAGAAAUGAGGUCUGCAUUUCAAAAGGAAACGCCCCUCUUUGCCAUGCACCCAAUCAGAGUUCAGAUGCUACCUACUACAGCACACUCCAGUGCAUAUGCAGAGUCUUCGGACCCUGGCAGCUGGCCUCAACCAAGCAGCUCUACCCCGAGAGCCAGGCGCUCCUCAAUGUCCCCCACGCCACUACCUAGAGCAAUAGUUCCGCCCAAGAGUUUAAAGUCCAGCCAAUCGGGGCCUCUCAGAGAGUCUGCGACUGGUGUGAGGCGGUCCUACACAGAGGAGCUACUGGAUAUGGGGAUAAACUUUGGAGUGCCAGGUGGAGUCCAGUUUCCAUUCUCCUCCACCAACCCCUUCAUCACUACUGCCUCUGCGCCAAAUAACACUCCUGUUAGUUCUGAGGACAUGAACAACCUAUUCAAGAGCCUACAGCUGGAAAAUGUUGUCAAUGUGUACCAGCUUGGUACUAAAGAAAGAGGACAGAUGCAAGGCAAUGGAGGUGAUCGAGGUGGUGGUGACCACCCCCCAAUCCCCACUGCAGUCACGCCCCUAGUGAACAACCAGCAUCGUAUCCUGGUGAGCCAGCUGCCACCGGACCAGUCCCCCAGCCGGGUGAAGAACAAGCUCACCCUCUACUUCCAGCGCAGGAGCAACGGUGGGGGAGAGGUGCUGGAUGUGACCUACCCUUACCCCCCGACCCAGCACGACCAGGCCCUGGUCAGCUUCCGCAGUCCCAGAGAUGCAGAGCAGGUGCUCUUACAGGCAGACCGAAUCUUUACUGUGAAUGAGCGGCCUUUCCGUAUACAGCUCAAGAGGGUCAACAGUGCUCAGAUUACCGUGCCGCCCGGCGUCUCCGGCGACAAGGCGGCCAUCUUCCAUAGCCUGCUGUCACUUGAGGGGCGGAGCUUCAGCCAGGCCGACGUGGAGGAGGCGGUACAGUCGUGCCGGGACCUUCCCUCGGCCCUCAAGUACCUGUCCCAUGAAUGCCCCAUCUGCCGCGAGCAGGUGUCCUUCAGCAAGAUCAUCACUAUGACCCAUUGCCUGUGUGCCUUCUGCGAGAGCUGCUUCAAGGCCUACUUCUCCCAGGCCAUCAAGGAGAAGAGCAUCGUCCAUGUGGUGUGUCCCAUGUGUGGCCAGCCCGACGUGCGUCAGAGCCAGGGCGGCGUGGAGGAGGCCUUGGACUACUUCAGCCUUCUGGACACACAGAUCAGGCACUACCUAGAUCCUCAGAUCCACGAGUUGUUCCAGAGGAAGCUGAGAGACCGAGCCUUGCAGGAGAUGCCUAACUUCCGCUGGUGUGCCCACUGCUCCUUUGGCCUUCUACACGAGGCUGACCAGCUGAGAAUGGACUGUCCUAGUUGUAGGAAGAGCACCUGCUCCCAAUGCAAGACUGCAUGGGCUCCACAACACCAGGGUCUUUCCUGUGAGAAGUUCAGAGAGUGGCAACUCCACAAUAACCCAGAGUACCAGACCGCAAAACUGGAGAAUCUCCUCAGCAGGAAUAAAAUAGAAUGUCCAAAAUGCAAGUUUGUGUUCUACCUUUCCAAGGGAGGCUGUCUCCAUUUCAAAUGCACCCAAUGCCAGCACGAGUUCUGUGGCGGCUGUAAUAGGCCCUUCAAAUUAGGCGUGGGGUGUGACUUCUCAGCUGAGUGUGGGUCCAAGGGGUUACACGCCCACCACCCCAGGGACUGCCUGUACCACCUGAGGGACUGGAACGUGCCCAGACUACACAGGCUGCUUCAGCUUUACGGAGUGUCCCUCGCUGGCAUGGUCAAAUCCAAAGUGGGCUCUACAGGAACAAAUUCACAAGGUGUGUGUGCAGUGCUGGAGCACAGAGAGAUGGCUGGAGACGGGCCUUGUGGUCUACCAACUCUCCCAGAGUACAGUGGCUACUGCAUCUUACACUAUAAAGAGUGUCUAGUGGAGCUGAUUAACCGGAGUCAUGCGGAUCCAGCCGUUCUGUUCGAUGUGGCCGAGAUGUUGGCCGAGUUACAGCGGUGGCACAUUCCUGUUCCACAGAAGAACCUUCAGGAUCCUGAGGCACUCUAUGUACAGCACCUUAGACAGACCCUGACUAGGAAGGUUAGCCUGAGGGACAACAAGCUACCCCCUGUGAAGGUGAAAGAUGACCUUUGCCCCCUACCCUCAUCGAGCGCUGCGGGACCACGCUGGUCUUCUGCUCAGAGAAACACACCGACGCGCUUCCAUGACGACUCCCAAUUGCUGCUCUUGCUCAACGACUAAGGCCAUGUAAAAUACUUGGCCUGACCUGGGCUGGGUUCCUUAGGGCACAUGAUGGCAAAUGCUUUUACAUGUUUUGCUACGGAGAAAAACAUGUGUUUCUUAAUGGAUAAGGCCAGGUUCCUUGCGUCAGUCCGUUUUCUUCCGUUUGGUGCCUCGUGAAUACCACCCAGGCUUGUGUUAAGUAGGGAGAAAACAUUUUUAAAUUAAGUGAAACUGGGGGGGACUACCCGGUCUUGUCCAAUGAGAGAAACACAUUUGUUUUCCGUUGCAAUUUUUUGUUGUUGCGUGUCCUAAUAAACAUGAUCCAGUGGUAAUAUUUAACUUCAACCCUCUGUCAUAAUGGCUAUGUAACACUGGCCUAAUAAUGACAUAGAAAUAGCACCAUAAACCGUCCAUAGAAGACAGGGACAAGGUAAAUUGGUCCUUUGAGGAGCUGUGUUGCACACUGCUGCUCUAGAUCUAGCUAUGCUGUGGCCAGGAUUAAAUCAAAAGUGCAUUGAGAUCACGGUAAACGCAGUGGAUGUCAACUCGAGCGUAAAGUGCAGUGCACUUUUGAUUUGAAAUAACAACCGGAUCUGGUACAUUAAGAUUUUGUUUGUUUUCAUUUUAAUUUGUUUGACGUUUAUUCUUAAUAAACAUGUAGAUACAAAAAUAUAAACGCAACAUGCAACAAUA